AUGACAGCGGUCAGUUCCUUCCAAACACUACGCUACUACUAUAGUGGUAAAAACGUUGCAAACAAACACAACACAGACCUGCAAAUCCAGCGUCUCAAAAUGUUGGCACUGAUUAACCGCCUCCUGGACUGGUUUAAGUCUCUCUUCUGGAAGGAAGAGAUGGAGUUAACCCUAGUCGGGCUGCAGUAUUCGGGGAAGACGACGUUUGUGAACGUAAUCGCGUCGGGCCAGUUUAAUGAAGACAUGAUUCCAACAGUGGGGUUCAACAUGAGGAAGGUCACAAAAGGCAAUGUCACCAUCAAGAUCUGGGAUAUAGGAGGUCAGCCAAGGUUCAGGAGCAUGUGGGAGCGAUACUGUCGAGGAGUGAAUGCAAUAGUGUACAUGGUGGACGCAGCAGACCGGGAGAAGGUUGAAGCUUCCAGAAAUGAGUUACACAAUCUCUUAGACAAGCCACAGUUACAAGGAAUUCCUAUUUUGGUGCUUGGAAAUAAGAGAGACCUACCCGAUGCAUUGGAUGAGAAACAACUAAUUGAAAAAAUGAACUUGGCUGCUAUUCAGGACAGGGAGAUCUGCUGCUACUCUGUUUCCUGCAAAGAGAAAGAUAACAUUGACAUUACACUUCAAUGGCUAAUCCAGCACUCAAAAUCAAGAAGAAGCUGAAAUUGUCAAUGGGCCCACAUCUACCUGCAGCCAUGUUACUGUCACACAACAUCCUGCUCACUUUGUGAAACUGUACAGUUCUCAUCCUGCUCCCAUCACACUACCCUGCUUGUCUGGCCCCAUAAUUCUUCUCAAACUCCUCCUCCUGACUGCAUCAAUCUUCUCAAAGAUACAUCAGUCGCUAAAAGAUGCAAGCUUGCAGAAUGAGUUCCUCCACCUCUUACAGUGUGCUGUCAAAUAAACACAAUGUAUUCAAUCCCAGCCAAUCCAGGAGUUUCCACUGGACCCAUAUGUGUGUUCCUGAACAAAUCUAUUUAAAAACUGUGGAGAAUCAAAUCUUUAAUAUUAUAUUCUGCCUUUUUCUUCAGUCUGUUAGUUUAUGCUUAAAUUAGCUUGUGAUAUCAUUUAGACUGUUGCUUUUAUUUUUCUUCCAUUUCUCUUAUCCCCCACCCCCCAAAUUGUGUCUCUUGUGAUAUCUGUAAUGUAUACAUUUGCAGAGCAAUUAAAGGGAUAGUUCACUCUAAAGUGAAUAUUCUGUCAUCAUUUAUUCAUUCUCAUGUUGUUUCAAACCAAUCUUGACUCUUGUGGAACACAAAAGAAGAUGUUUAAGAAUGUUAGAGACCGAUAGUCACCAAUUUAAUUUCAUUGCAUCUUUUUUUCCGUACAAUGAAUGUGAAUGGUGAAUGAGGCUGUUAGUCCUUCAAAACUAGUCCUCCAGGUUUGGAACACCAGUAAAUGAUGACAGAAUUUUCAUUUUCAGGUAAACCAUCCCCAUAAGUAAAUGAACAGCUCAGCAUAAAUGUACAAAUAAUGAUUCAGUAAGAUUAUACAAAGGUUGAGUGUAAGUGUAUUUGAGGAUGAAUGUAUUGCAGGUAAAGAUGUAGUUUUCAUUUAGCUCAAAGAUGUAUUUGAAUCCUGUUCGAGAGUUGAGAGAGAGAAUAGGUGAAGUUAAAAGUGCCUUGUGCAGUGUAUCUGUCCCUCAAGCUAAAUAGUAUACCGGGUGUGCCUGACGGGAACUAGAUCGAAUGAAAAUGGCUUUCUUUGAACUGCAAAAACUGAAGGCAUGCUUUUUAAGGUAGAUUAUUGUUCUGUUGUCAUCUACAAAAUAUUUGUGAAAAGAGGCAAAUGUUGCAAACCCCACUAUUAUCAAUGUACUUCUGUAAAUAUGAUGAACCAAUAAAUAGAUUGUCAACAUGUA